CUGAUCAGUUCAUUGUCAACAUGAAAGAUGGCGACGCAUCACAGGCAAAACGCUGCUGGUCGGAGGAAAGUCCAGGUUUCCUACGUGAUCAGAGACGAAGUCGAGAAGUACAACCGUAACGGGGUGAACGCCCUGCAGCUGGACCCCGCUCUGAACCGCCUCUUCACCGCAGGCAGAGACUCCAUCAUCCGCAUAUGGAGCGUCAAUCAGCACAAGCAGGAUCCCUAUAUAGCGUCGAUGGAGCACCACACCGACUGGGUGAAUGACAUAGUGCUCUGCUGUAAUGGAAAGACGCUGAUUUCAGCAUCAUCAGAUACUACAGUUAAAGUGUGGAACGCACAUAAGGGCUUCUGCAUGUCCACAUUAAGAACUCAUAAGGACUAUGUCAAAGCUCUGGCUUAUGCGAAAGACAAGGAGCUGGUGGCGUCAGCUGGGCUGGACAGACAGAUCUUUCUGUGGGACGUAAACACACUCACGGCUCUGACUGCCUCCAAUAACACGGUCACCACUUCCUCUCUGAGUGGGAACAAAGACUCGAUCUACAGCCUUGCAAUGAACCAGCUGGGCACCGUCAUCGUCUCAGGAUCAACAGAAAAGGUUUUAAGGGUCUGGGAUCCGCGGACCUGCGCUAAGCUAAUGAAGCUGAAAGGACACACGGACAACGUGAAAUCGUUAUUGUUAAACAGAGACGGUACUCAGUGUCUGUCCGGGAGCUCGGACGGUACGAUACGACUGUGGUCUCUGGGUCAGCAGCGCUGCAUUGCUACGUACCGGGUCCAUGACGAGGGCGUGUGGGCACUGCAGGCCAACGAAGCCUUCACGCACGUCUACUCAGGAGGUCGUGACCGCAAGGUCUACUGUACGGACCUUCGCAACCCUGAUAUCCGUGUGCUCAUAUGUGAGGAGAAGGCGCCUGUUCUCAGAAUGGAGCUGGACCGCUCAGCAGAUCCCCCUCCUGCCAUCUGGGUGUCCACAGCUAAAUCCUGCGUGAACAAAUGGUCUCUGAAGGGAAUGCACAACUUCCGAGCGUCGGGAGACUACGACAACGACUGCAGCACCCCGCUGACCCCGCUGUGUACACAACCUGAGCAGGCCGUUAAAGGUGGUGCCAGCAUAAUUCAGUGUCACAUCCUGAACGACAAAAGGCACAUCCUCACCAAGGACACCAACAACAAUGUGGCUUUCUGGGACGUGCUCAAGGCGUGUAAAGGGGAAGACCUUGGCAAAGUGGAGUUUGACGAAGAGGUAAAGAAGCGCUUCAAGAUGGUCUACGUGCCCAACUGGUUUUCUGUGGACCUUAAGACAGGGAUGCUGACCAUCACCUUGGACGAGAGCGACUGCUUUGCUGCAUGGGUGUCCGCCAAAGACGCCGGAUUCACGAGUCCGGACGGAUCGGACCCGAAGCUGAACCUGGGAGGACUUCUGCUCCAGGCUCUGCUCGAGUUCUGGCCUCGAACACACAUCAAUCCGAUGGAAGAAGAAGAAGGAGAAGUUAAUCACGUAAAUGGCGAGCAGGAGAACCGGCUUCAGAAAGGCAACGGCUAUUUCCAGGUGCCGCCACACACGCCGGUGAUCUUCGGCGAGGCAGGCGGAAGGACGCUGUUUAGGUUAUUAUGCCGAGACUCGGGUGGAGAAACGGAGUCCAUGUUGCUGAACGAAACCGUUCCGCAGUGGGUCAUCGACAUUACUGUGGACAAAAACAUGCCCAAAUUCAACAAGAUCCCAUUCUACCUGCAGCCUCACUCGUCCUCCGGGGCGAAAACGCUCAAGAAGGACCGUCUGUCGGCCAGCGACAUGCUGCAAGUGAGGAAGGUGAUGGAGCACGUCUACGAGAAGAUCAUCAACCUGGACACGGAGUCUCAGACCACAAGCUCAUCGGGAACGGAGAAGCCCGGAGAGCAGGAAAAGGAGGAGGACAUGGCUAUGCUCGCCGAGGAGAAAAUCGAACUCAUGUGCCAGGAUCAGGUCUCCACACACAGACACACACACCCACACACUCCAUUUACUUUAACGCUUUUAAAACGAGGCCUGGUUCUAUUUAACCUGCUUUUAGAUCAGCUUCAUUUCAUUUUUUACACCUUGUUUAGGUUCUGGAUCCAAACAUGGACUUGAGGACAGUGAAGUACUUUAUCUGGAAGAGCGGCGGAGACCUGACGCUUCACUACAGACAGAAGUCUACGUGAGAGUGAUUGCAGCAUGUCCCCCCCCCCCCAAUCUUUCACCGCUUUCCUUUCUUGUGUUUGCUCAUGGAGAACGUUCAGCACCAUUCCUCUUCUCUGGCCAUGAGACUGGAAAUAGACUUUGUACAGUAUACUAAUCCAGGACAUUUAAAUAUAUAUUUUUGUUGCACUUUUUGUCUCUCUUUUUUUUUUUUUUCUUUUCAUUUCAAGUUGGUUGAUGAUGCACAGGGACAUACCCAACCACCCAAUGUUUCUGUUAAAGUAUUCCUCAAGCAAAAAAGUGUUAUAUAAAAGGCCGUGCGGAUGUGCGUUUGGGUCAAAACAUCCGAACCCCCCCCCCAAAAAAAAAACCAGAUUGUCUUAGUAUUUAUGUGAGAAUCUGAUUUUUAAAAAUCAGUCAGUGAUAAGGCACUGAAUAAGCUACACGGAUUCUGACCAAUCACAUCCGAUAUUAGAUAGUGACCCCCGGAAACUUUUAGUUAACAUGGCUAACUUAGAUAUUCCUACAUUUCAUACUCCUGUAUACUCUCACAUCCUGGCAUUUAAAAAAAAACAAAAAAACAAAAAAAAAAAACCAAAACACACACACAAGCAUCAAUGUCCAGAAACAUUCGGAUGUUUUUGAGCAUCCAGAUCAUUCCACGUAGAUUUUCAGAAUUAUGGGGUACUUUAAAAAACUUCCCGCAUCUGCUACCUCCUUCUACUUCAGCCAUAAUAAAGCCAGAACUGGUGUUGGUAACUGCAAGGUGUGUUAAAUGAGCUUUGAAGAUGUUCUCGUAAUUUCUUUCGUCGGUUCGGUUUGUAAAUAGCUUGCUUUUUAAGUUAUUAUCCGGGGUUUAUGACCAGUAUUUUUGUAAUCAUCUAAAAAUCUGUUGGAGAGAGAUGGGUGGGUGGGGGGUCUCAAAAGGAUUUAAAGUCGUCUCGCUUCACAUCAGUUACAAGAAAUCUAAAUGAGCAAUUUAACCCUUUUGAAUGGCGAGUUUAUUAUUCAGAUUCGUCUUAAAAGGUUACAGUAAGUACAAGGAGGAUGGUUUCUCCGAGUUUAAAGGGUUAAGGAUGUUUUGGAGUUGGUACACUAUUUGGUACACCUUUCUGGCUACAAGCUUCAGGAUCUUACAGAUUUCAUCUCUGAUGGGUUGUUUAUCCGCACUUCACUUAUUUCACAUCCUCAGAAAUUUGUCUCAAGUGACUUAAAUUUAGCUCCUAGAUUCAUGCAUUUGAGUACAAAAUGGAACUACAGUGCGUUAUCAUCUGAGUUUUGCUAGAAUCCGGUAAGCUUUGUCUAUAAACGUGGCUGAGACCCGACUGCUUUCACGCCGUCUGACUGACAUCACAAACAAGUUUUAAAGAUGUGAUAAGAGAACCUUUUAUUUUUAUUUAUUUAUUUUUAUUAUUUUAUAUAUAUAUAUAAAUUAGGCGAUCUCUUCCUUGUCACAGUUGUUUUUCUGUGUCUGGAAUGACGUGUGCACAGAAAGUGAGUGCAAACUACAUGAUUCUGAAGCUGGUGGCCGGAAAAGUGUACAAAAGCUACCUGCUCCGUGUGGUGGAAAUUUUUAUUUCUCGCCAAAUGAUUGUUAAAAAUCUGGCUGAAAUCCUGGAGAGCGAAACCCUGCUAGUUAAUUUCUAACUUCCUGUCUGGUGGUGUGUAUGACCAGGAAAUAAAACCAUGCUUGAGAAAAAAAAAAAAGUUGAAAGUCACCAACAAGGUUAAAAAGAAACCAUAUAAAUACUGUAUAUAUUGUAUUAUAACUAGACGGAUGUUAUGUAAUUGACUUAAAUACAGGAUCAUGAUACUGUG